AUGGCUCGUAAAAAGUCAAGUCGUUCUGCCAAGGCCCAUUACGAGCACACUCAAAACAAAUCAGCCGAGGACAACGCCACUCAAGAUGGCCCAUCUCGAACGAAUACCGACCUGCUGAAUUAUGAAGCCAAAGGACGCCAGUUCCCCCAAUUCCGCGAACUCCCAUACGACGUACGCGCCAUGAUCUGGGAAGAAGCUCUCGCCAACCAAAGAAUCCUACGCAUCUCUCUCGAAAAGCGGGAGACGUCCACGCGCAACAAGUACCAACGGAGAAAGGCUACGAAAGCCAAGGGUAAGAAAGCACGGAAGGUCGAGGAUGAAGAAGAGCCCUCAGCACCCGAGAAGACUUAUCGUGUUGUGGUGGAAGAGCGUUACGCCAUUAGUAAGCUCUUCCACAUUUGCAGCGAAUCGCGACGCGCCGCCGAGUCCUUCUACCGUGUCCGUGUCCCUUGUACUUACAAAUGGGGCAACAAGACACAAGAGGGGACAUUUUACUUUCGUCCCGAGUUCGAUAACAUCCAAGUCGGUAUUACAGAAUACCUCUCUGACUUUGCCUUUGAUCUUUGGCAACUCGAUUCACGAUAUGUUGGCUUGAUCAACCUCACACUCCCAUGGCAGCCAAAUGUCCGCAAGAUAAUGGAAAUGGACGACCACGAACGGGAUAUACUGAGAGGUGUGCUUUUGAGAUUGCAAAAUGUCUCUUUUGCUCACAUGCAGGAGAAGCCGAGAGCUGCUCCGCCCCCUGUACGUACCCUCGCAUAUGUCCAUUCCAUGCAAAUGGCCAACGCAAAUGGCAAUACCACAAACGAUAACGAUGGAGAACCGACACCACCCAAGCCACGAACGGGAUGGGAACCUGAUUGUACCGGUCCUAUCUCCACAUGCAUCCCAAGCUUCGAAAGACUACCCGUGGAUCCACGAGAGAUGGGCAAUGACCAUACCCGCCCCUACUUCUCCUUCAAAAACCCAGUCCACAUAGCCCUAAGCUGGUUCCGCCUCCUUGAGUCAAUCGAAGCUACGUAUGAGCAUAGAGUUAACUAUAGAUUCAUGCUGAGCUACGAGACCACUGGUAGAAACAUAGCUACACGAGACCAGGCCACCUCUUGGGUACAGAGUCAACGAAAGAACUUCAAGGCUCGUGCCGUGAGCGAAGGUUUAGAACAUGGAGAGUGGGUGCAGCCAGCGAUGGGAUUCUGGAUGUAUCCUAUAGAGUGUGUUGGAUCACUGGUUGAUGAUGAGGGAGUCUUGAAGACGGCAAAGGACGUCUUGGAAGGUGUGGAGCUUGAGGAUAUCAUGAGUAAAUACGCCCCUGAGCUUUGCUUAAGUAGGUUGGUUUAA